AUGAUCACAUUUUGUGGUAGGAAGGUUUUUGGCCAUAAACGCCUCUUAAAAAAAUUAUGGUCCGACAAUACGUUCAGGCGUCAUAUCCACAUCAAAAAUCAUACAUGA